UAAUAACAGCGUAGACAUGCGUUUAAGGAACGUUUUAGGCAUGUCGCUGAAAAUUUAACAUGGCGCUGUUUUGUUGUUAGUGUAGUGCAACAUUUCCUUUUCUAACAGGUGUUGAAGUGUCUAAAUUCAAUAUUAAUGGAUAUCAAAAUGGAGUGGGUUGGAUAUCUCAAAUUUCCAGAUCAUAUUCAAUAUUUAAUUGAAAAUAAAGUUGCAAAGCUUUCAUCAACGUCAAAGAAGGAGGAAUGGUUAGAAUGUCUUGCUUCAUUGAAGAAAUUUAAGUUUUACAUAUGGAAUGUUCCAGUUGGUGAUGAUUCUAAUACAUUUCCAAGUCAUAAAUGGACAUUUAUCCAUCACGCUGCCUUUCACAAAGCACCAUUGUAUAUUUUGCAAAUUAUGAAUGUUGAUAAAUAUCCCUUGUCAUUGCCAGAUGGUGAAGGCAGGUUACCAAUAGACCAUAUGGACCCAUUUAUGACACAAGAUUACAAAGAUCUAUUGACACCUGUUUAUAAGUUAAAUGUUCUGCCACUGGAGUUAAAGCUUAUCCAAGUGAAUUUCCAUGCUGUUAUCCAAGAUCGUAUCGAAACAAUGAUUGAAAAAUAUAACUUAAUCUUACCAGUCCUGUCAGUUCUGUUAGAAGAUAUUUCAACAUUCGAUAAAGUUUAUUUCGAUGUGCCAGGCAUGCAUGGUGGAUUUACCUACUGGUUCCAGCUGGAUAAAAGUAAAACUGAAGUACUUUCAUUGUGGUGUCGAAGUUCAUCAAAACUUGCUGGUUAUUCAGAACAGUUACAUGAAUGUACAGCAGAAGGAUGGGCUUUAGUGAAGAAAGAGAAAAAAGUUCACUUUUAAAUUCAAGGUCGAAAGACCUGUUUAAAUAUACGCACAUGGCAAAAUAUUUUCAUAUAGCAAUUUUUUUAUGUCACUCGUUCACAAUAAUGAUUUAUUUUAAAUUAUUGUACAAUUUACUGUUUAUUGUGUCAGUUAUCUAGUUAUUUCUAAAUCUAAAGCAAAUUAUUAAUAUACUUUUCCUAUAUUUGAAUAAAGCCAAGCUGUAUUCAAGCUACUCACACAGAGUAAGUUAAAAAAUUGGCUGCUUUGGACAGGAUUAAGUUUCAGUUAGUCAUUUUACAAUGUAUAUGAAUGAAAUAUAUUUUACAAUAAUAACACCAGCGUACAACAGCAUUUGGUCAUAUUGGUUAUGUCAUUAUUAAAGAUAUUACGUAAAAUUCUAUCAUUUAAAAUGUUCAAUGAAUUUUAUGUCUUGUACCAAGAAAUUAUUUGUGUACUAUCUCCCACAUAUUCCAUUUUCUCCGAUCAAAUAUUCAUGACGUAACCAACACGAUUUGAUCAUAUUGGGUAUGUCAUUAUUAACGAUGGUAAUAUAUCUUUUCUUCUGUGUGCUAAGAAAUUGUAUAUCAUCUUCACUAUAUACAACUUCGCCUCUUUCAAAUAAACAACCUGAUUGUCAUUUUUUGUCACAUUUUUCCAUAAAUUGCAAUUUUUCAGUUUAUUAUUUAUAUAUAAAUGAAUUUAUAAUUUAUUAACUUGUAACAUUUAUAUAUAAAAUAUAUGUUUUUUAAAACUAUUUAUAUAAAAAUACAUUGCAUUUUUCCUAUACCAUGUACAAGUAUUUUAAAAGCAUUUGAUUCGCUUUUGCAAUUUUUCUUACUUAAAUUUGUAUAAGUAUAUUCUUAGUAUUGAAUUUAGGCUCUUAUCACUGAUAUCAGCAGUAUAGUCACAUUUUACUUAUGGGGAGUUCCUUUCUCAGUUUAAAAAUAUUGAUAUAUUUUUUGUAUUUUUUUUUUGUAUUUCCGCUACUGUAUUAAUUCUGUAGUAUUUUAUUUUAUUUCUGAGUUUUCAUCAGAUCCUGCAUAAAAAUUAUGCCAGUAAACAAACUUUUGUUUUGUGAGUCUAAACAGCCUUUACAAAAUCACAAAUGUCCAAAAAAAUUGAAAUUUGUGUGGUCAAAAAAAUUUUUUUAGCAAUUUUUUUCUAUCCUUGUAAAAUUUAAUUAUAAAAAAUUGCUUUUAUUGUCAUGAAAAGUCUCAUUUUUGAUAUGUUUUGUUUUUACAUAAAGUUUUUCUGUUACAAUGAUUUUGUUUUCAUUAUUUUAUUUUUCUAUGGAAGUCUUUGUGUCAGGAUUAUCUGCAUGCUUAAUUUCUGGACUUGUAUUUGACGUUAAAUCCCCUGUCUGGCUUUAUUUCCUUGAAAAGAACUUAAGUUUUAUAUUGUUAUUGAAUUAUUUCAUGAAAAAUGUAAAUACACUGUAAAAUGAGCAAAUAUAAACGUCUCUCUUUACUGGUAAACUUGUCUAAUUCUUUCUGAAUUAACAUAUAUUAUAUUUUGUUGUAUUUUAUAUUAAACACGAACUUUAAAACAGUCAUUUGUUUACUUACUAUUUCCAGAGCAUUUUUGUUUUAUAUUUUAGGACAGAAUAUGUUUGCAAAUGGCAAUGAGUUUGAUGGAAAGUUAUAUUUUAUGGAAAGUUUGAAAAAUGCUAUUGAUUCAGUUUCUCGCUUAAAUGCAUACUCAAGCGAAAGUGAAUGGCUUGGAAGUUUGACUGCACUUGAUAAUUAUGAUGGGUAUAUUUGUAACGAACUACACUCACAGGAAAAUAAAUUUCCCAGUCGACGUUGGACAUUUUUACACCAUGCUGCAUUUUAUUAUGCACCCAUAUCUGUACUUGAAGAGAUUAAAGCCAAAAAGUUUGUUAUGUCUUUAAAAGAUGCAGAAGGACAUAUGGCUAUAGAUCAUGUAAAAAGUACUGCUUCUCCGUCUUAUAAAAACUUGUUUAAACCUAGAUUUAAGAUUGAAAAUAUUGAUCUAAAAAAGUUGAAUAAAAUUGAGAAAACAUUUCAUGGGGUUAUAAACUCACGUGUCGAAGAUCUUGUGAAUGAACACAAUCUCAUUCUUCCGACUAUUUCUGUUCUUUUGGAGAAGGCGGUUAAAACAGAGGAGUUUUGGUUUGCUGUGCCAGGAAUGUUUGGAGGGUUUACAAUAGAAUUAAAGUAUAAUGAUGAAAUGACAGAUGUGGAAGCGGUAAAUACAACCAGCUGGUGUCGAGCUGCUGCAGGAUCAUGUGAAACUUAUCUUUGUACUGAAAACAAUGUUACUUUAGAAGACACAGGCGAAUGUAGAAUUAUGUACUUUUUUUACGAAUAGAAAUGUUGUGUUCCUAAAAAACAUGGUAUACAUAGGGUCUAAAUAUACCCCGUCCAACCCAUGCUAGCAUGGAAAACGGACGUUAUGGCAAGAAUGAUAAUGAUGAUGAGGAUGUUGAUGAUGAUGAUGAAUGUUGUUAAAGGGGCUACAAAACUGAUUGUUGGAUUUUGAAUUUAGUAACCUAUAUAGAGGUCAAGCUAGUUUGUGAAAAUUUGUAUGAGCACUAAAGACAAAAAUAGCAUCCAAAAAAGGGGCCAUCCAUAAAGGACGUGCAAGCAAGUUUUCCCAUUUUUUACCCUCUCCCUUUCACCUAUCCGUUUUUUUUCUACACCUUCCUAUGCCCAUGCAGACACAAAUUGAUUCAUUACUUGAAGCUUGUAGAGCUACACAGGAAAAGCAGAAAAAUUCCCUGGACAAUAAAAACUAUUAAUAAUCAUCUAUUUAAAAUGCUUCUUAUGUAGGUGGAUAACAAACGACUUGUAACAGUGUUAUCUUAUGUUAAAAACAACAACAAAAUCAACAAGAAAUACAAAAAAUGUCUACAUAAAGGAUGUCUACUUAUGGCUGAACAUCCUUCCCCUGUCUGCUUUUAUCUCCAUUUUUGUUACCCCUCCCCAAAGGUGCAGGCGUCCUUUAUAGAUGAGCCCAUAUUAGAAAUCCAAAUAUAACUGAAAAUGACAGAAAAGUACCCUCCAUAUAUUUGAUUUCCGUAAUUUAUUGAUAUAAACCAAGCUAACACUAAUGGUGGAAAUCUAACUUAAACAGAUUUGUAGCUCCUUUAAAUAAAUCCGUCCCUUGUGACUGAAUGUUUUUAUAUAUUUAAUUUACCAAACAGCUUUUAUUUUAAGUAGUUAAAGAAUGUAUGUAGAAUUAAGCUCAUUUUAACUGUAUGAACAAUUUUUUUAUGUAAGUUCUCUGUGAGGGUUCCUAAAAAGUGCAAUAACUUUGUUUCUCACAGAAACAUUUUGGAGACGCACAAGAUAAAUUUCGUAGCUUUUUUUCUUAUUUUUUUUAAUUUAUAGUAAUUUUGGUGCCAAUUUGUUUUCAAUGCAAGAUUUUUUCCUAAUGUAUAUAGCUGCAAAUAUCUUGAUAGUUCGUAUAGUAUAAAGAAGCAAAUUUUUGUAGAUAUGUUGUUAUAAUCACUCUAUAAUAAAUUUGUAUAGUUUUUAUAUAAUUUUGUAGUUCUCAGCACUCUUUUUUUAAGUAUGGUGUCCACAUAAAAAUAUUUAUAAAAAUAUUCACUUCCAAGUUUUUUAUAAUGAAGGAAGAAUUUGUGUAUUCAGGAUUGAUUUAAAUUCUACUAUCACACUCUUUUUUGGCCUAAUUUCUCAACAGCAUCCAAUAAUUCUCCUUGUUUUACUUUUAUAAACACUGCUCACCUUGUCAUACAAACAAAGAUGGGAAUACACAAUCAAUUUAAACGGAACAGUAUAAACUGACAUUUUUUAUCCAUUUAAACUGGUUACUGCGACCUUAAUUUUAAAUAAUAAAAUUUCAACAACUUGUGCCUCAAAAGUUCUAGCCAAACUAGUCUUAACACCUUCCUAGCCUAGGGUCUUAUUUGUGGUUGAAAGUAUUUUUUUCUUACUAAUUCUAAUAUUUGUUUUUAUAAUCUUAGAAGCAUUUUAUCCAACCCCCAACGCUCUUGUAAACUAGGUUCUUUUAAAAAGUGUAUACUUUUAAAUUUUUUUUAUCUAG